AUGGCUCCCAAAAAGAAGUCAAACAAAGGAGGCAAGGAGUCUGAGGUUAAGAAGAAGAAAGGGGGCAAGAAUAUCAGUACGGCCUUGAGGUCUCCGGAGUCGAUCUUGGUGGAGGAGCUGAAGGAAUUCUACCACAAACAGAUCCAAGACCUGGAGGACAGGCUUGCCCGGUACCAGAGGAAGUGGGAUGAACUCGCCGUGCAAGAGAAGCUAUUCCGCCAAGAGUUCGAGCAGCUGGCCAACAACAAGAAGGAGAUUGUGGCCUUCCUCAAGCGCACACUGAACCAGAGGGUGGAAGAGAUCACAGACCUCAAUGAGCAGCUGCAGAACCUACAGCUGGCCAAGGAGAUAGAGAAGGACGCUUUCGAGGCACAGCUGGCCCAGGUUCGCCAUGAGUUCCAGGAAACCAAGGACCAGCUCACCACAGAGAACAUCGCCCUUGGAGCAAAGCUGACUGCCCUGGAAGAAUUCCGCCUGCAGAAAGAGGAGCUCACAGAAAAGUACCUGAUUCUGGAGGAGCAGCUUCAGAAGCAGGAGGGCGAAUACAAGGACUAUAUGUACAACCUGGAGAAGAAGUCUGUACUGGACAAGGACAGGCUGAGGAAGGAGAUCAUCCACCGUGUGAACAUGGUGGCCACUGAGUUUCGAAAGGUGGCCACCAACCAGAUGUGGGAGACAACCAGGAGGGCCAUCUUAGAGAAUAACAGCGUGACAUUGCAGCUGUCCAAGGUGUCCCAGCAAGGCAUCCAGCUGCAGCAGGAGAAUGAUCAGCUCAAGGGCGCCCACGACAGGCUGUGCCGACAGCUGGAGCUGCUGGAGGACACCCAAAAGAUCAUGGCCAGGAACAACAGAGGCCAUCGGAAGAUCAUCCUCAUGCUGACAGAGAAGUGCAGCCAGCAGAAACAGUGCACAGAGGAGGCAGAGCAGCUGCGUCAACAGCUCUCCAAACUGGAACAGAACUCCCAGAAGCUGCAGAACGACAACCAGACCCUGAAAAGCGAGAAAGACCAGCUGGAAGAGCAGCUGAGGAGGCAGGAAGCAGAGGCGGAGCAGCUACAAGAGAAGCUGACUGAGGAACAGAAAGUUCGGACCAGCCUCGAGACAGUCCUGGCCCAGGCCACCUCCCUCCUACAGGAUAUCAUGCAGAUCCGAACAGACUCGGAGGAUGGGGAGUUCGAUGUGGUGCUCCAGCUGCAGCACAAGGAGCUCCUGCAGCAGCUGCUGGCCCUGCUCAGCAGGGCUGUGGUGUCAAAGUCACAGUUAGACUUCACUUCCCACCGGGAGAAGCAGCCCCAGGUCCCCUCCAAAGAGAGCACCAAGGCGUCCAAGACAGCGGCUGCUUCUCUGCUGCAGCAGCUCUCCGCCAUUACAACCUACCAUCCAGGGGACCUAGGGCUGGUGCCUCGCCAGGUCCGCAUCCCACCCAACCCUCAGGAUGUCAGGUCUCUCUCAUUCGCUGCCCGAAUGGGGAUCUGCCAGUUACAGAACACUAAUGAGAUCUACUCAUCUGUCGCUCUCAAAAAGUUCAGAAAGUUUAACCUUCCUAGACGUUUCCUAUACCACAAGUAGCACAUGGAGAGACCAAGU